GCGAAAGGUGUCAGUGAUGGAAAAGCCGGUGGCAGAAGUGCGGGGCGUUCAAUUAGCGCAGAGCUUUUCACCGGUGAGCAGCUCCACGCGGCGCCAGAGGUGUGCGGUUUGCUCGUUCACGAGAUAAACGAUGGAGUGGCGUCAGCAGACCAGUGUGAGCUGUGGAGACGCGUUCAACGAGGCUCGACGCUGGAUUGAGGAAGUGACUGUAAAAUCGUUUGGAUGCAAUGACUUCCGCGCUGCCCUGGAGAAUGGAGUCCUGCUUUGCGACUUGAUCAACCGGUUGAAACCUGGCAUUAUUAGGAGAGUAAACAGGCUUUCUACUCCCAUUGCUGGCCUGGAUAACGUGAAUGUAUUCCUGAAAGCCUGUGGGAAAGUGGGACUGAAUGUGUCUCAGCUGUUUCACCCAGGAGACCUGCAGGACCUGUCCACUCGUGCAACACUUAGGCGAGAUGAAAGCGCCAGAAGACUCAAAAAUGUUCUCAUCACAAUCUACUGGCUGGGUCGCAAGGCUCACCUUGACUCAUUCUACAGUGGUCCUCAGCUAAACUUCAAGGCUUUCGAAGGGCUGUUAGGGUUGGCCUUGUCCAAGGCACUAGAUGAGGGCGGCAAUGUGUUUGCAAAAGAGUGCUGGUACCUAGAGAGGGAGGAAUGUCGCCGCCCGAGCUACAAGGCCGAGAACAUCGACUCUCUGGAUUCCCGAGCCCGCCGCCCAAACAGUGAAGGUUGUGGAAGCGACGCUGAAGCUGAGCAGGUGUUUAAGAUGGAGACAACGCAGCCCUCCACCCAGCAAAUCAAAGGUUCUCUCCCACCGAGAAAACAAGGACAGGAGGAGAUUGGAAGGAGCGGCGCUAGUCCGCUCGCCAGAGCGUAUCAAAUCCAGGUCAGACCUGAGAGGCCAGUUCAGGUCAACCCUGAAUGGAUUUGGAGCAAAUCGCUCAGUGACAUCCCGAUGGCGUACCCUGUGCGUAAAGUUCCUGACUGGAGCACCAUCUAUGAUUUGAAGCACGACACGGACAUGACGAGGGAGUGCAACCUGGAAAACAAACCGAGGUGUAGCGUUGCUGCCAAGGACAGUGAAGCUCAGUGGCAUGAUGACUUGACAAAGUGGAAGAGUCGUCGCAGGAGCACCAAGUCUGACCGGAAAUUGCAAGACAGAGAGCAUGUCAAUAACCAGAUGGCCGAUGGGGCCAUGAUUACAUUUGAGAAGAAAGAAGCACAAGGCCGACUGCUAAGAGACCAGCAGUCACCACGCAGGCCUUACGCUACCCCUCGUCCUUACUCCACCUCUCCUCCAUCCAAAUCAUUGAGCGCUAUUCUCCGGCCACAUACUCGGGCUCUGCUGGCCCGCAGCAAUGCCACAGAGGCACCUUUCAGCCCCAUGUCUCCACUCAGCCCCCACACUCUGGGAUCAUCAGUUGCAGCCAUGCCGGCAUCUGAUGGGAACAUCUCGGGAGAGGAGACCCACUCUGCCUCCUUGGCUUCAGAUGGAGCAGGAGUUACCACCCCUUCUCUGGACUGUCCUUUCAGCUCCCAGACCCACGUCAAAGUGCAGCCCAGGUGCAGCCCAGCUCCUCUCCAGCCCACAACAGAACUAGCACAACCAGAAAACGGUUUUACAAACGUGAAAAAGACAAAUGUGACCACAAAGCCAACCAACACCAGGGAUCCCGUGUCGCUUCACCAGGAACCUCCAUUCUGUGUUGUCCCCACUUUGUGCCUCGAUGCUGUUCAUCAGGCAGGAGCUGGUGCUCUGGAGGACUUGCCCCACAAGAACCACACGUCCCAGGAAGAGAGCCAGAAGACAUCUUGGGAAGCAGCCAUGGAGCAAGGCAGAGGCCAGCAGGUUGCAGUCGUCUACAAGUACUUGUCCAGAGCAGGAUCGUGGUCCGGCUCAGCAAGCCUUCCCCGUGGCUACCGGAGGUCCGAGGGUUCAUCUCGUCUCUCUUCUGCAGUCACAGCCAGACCCUUUGGAACCAAGCAGGCCAGGGUGUCCUCGCUGCCGAGGCUGUGCAACGUAGACGACAACGAGGGUCGGCUUUUGAAAAGUGGGAAACGGGAGUCUUUCUCGCCAACAUCCAAGUCUUCACUCAAAAGGCAGACUGCGAUGACUCAUCUGAAAGGUCAGCAGCAGGCCUCAAUCAGACAGGACGCUAACCAGGCAAAGCAGAAUGGCACGGUGCAGGUCGAGGAGGUGAAGAGUGCCACAUUCUCCAGCCAGACCGAUGGCGACAACUAUCAGCCCUACUCCCAGACCAGGCUAGUACCGCGGCCGUAUUCAAACCUGCAGACCCAGCGCAUCAAAGGCUCGAUCCUCCCAUCUAAGGUGGAUCACAGUGACAUGAGAGUGAGCCUUACACUCAGACCCAACAGCAGACCAGACUUUGGUUUCCAGACUCAUUGGGACUCCACAGGAGCGAGAGUCAAAUGUAUUCAACCUGGCAGUCCAGCGGAGCUCUGCCAGCUGUGUGUCGACGAUGACAUCGUGGCUGUUAAUGGAGUUGCGGUGGCACACAUGAACUACAACCAGUGGAGGGAUAAAAUGGCAUCUUCCUUGCAUGACGGCAAUCUGACCAUGGACAUUCGGCGCUAUGGCAACAAGGAUUGGAGCACCAGUGAAGGGAGUCAUCACAACCAAGCAGGCCAGAGCAGGGUGACCCUCAAUCUGACGGCCGCAGCGCCCGUUCUGAUAGGUUACCCCGAUCACCACGCCAACAGUGGGGCCUCUGCAGAAACCACAGUCAGGAAAGUGUCCAAAUUGAAUGGGCAGACCGACAAUGUUUUACAAGGUAAAGUCACGCAUGGAGAGCUUGCUGACGACCACAGGACAGCCAGUAAAGGAGGUUCGGAAUCUGCUAUAUCUGAUCUCCAGGUGCCAUCCCUCAGCCCCUCCUCCUCCAGCUGGUCGUGGGACCAUGAGGAGGAUCGAAGGCAUCAGAAGAAGUGGCAGGAAGAGCAGGAGCGCCUCCUACAGGCACAAUAUCUGCGGAAUCAGGAGAGGCUUGAAUCGGAGUGGCAGAGAGCUCAACAAGAUUCAAAGAGGGAGUUAUGCAGGAAGUCAGGGCAUUUGAAGCAGAACACUUUUGAGAUGACCGAUGAUGGUGAGAGCCCUGCCAGCGCACAGCUGUAUGUGAAUGGAUUGACAAACAAAACCAGAGAGGAGCAGAGUCCUAACCAAGAUGAGCUGGAAGAAGCAGGAUCGAAACCUCAAACUAAUGCACAAGGAGAGCAGCAUGACAAGAAUUCUGAACAAGCCUGGGCUGAUGACUGCUGUGGUUUUGCGAAGCUGUCGCCUGCACACAGGGCAAAGUCCUUGUCUACCCCAGCGUUGGCCGGCCCCCACAAACUGGCAAGAGGUGAUGAGUGGAAAAGAAGAGGCCUGUCUGUGUCUAACGCUGAGAAAGACAGGCAGCAGAUAUUGGAGGAGAUGAAGAAAAGGACUCAGCUUCUGACCGACAACAGCUGGAUACGUCAGCGCAGCAGCAGCAGCUUUUACAAAGCCCCAAUCUAUGUUGGGGUUCCUAUGAAGAGGUACGAGUCCCUGGACGACCUGGAUACUUUGCGUCAGUCCCCUCUCUCGACUGCUACGUUCAGUUACCCUCGUCCAAACUCUGUUGCUGCAGGUCACUGUACCCCGAGUAGGAACUCCUCUUCCCGCUACAGCACUGGAUCAAUAAUAUCCCAGAAAAAUGUAUUUGACUCCCCUCAUCAUAGCGGGAUGGUCAGUGGCAAGAGGACUUGCUGUGUGUGUGAGCGUGUCCUGGGUAUUGGGGCAGCCAUGGUCAUAGAGACCCUUGGUCUCUGCUUCCACCUCGCCUGUUUCCAGUGUGUGGGCUGCCACCGACAUCUCGGAAGAACUGAGACUGGAGUCCAGGUUCGAAUUCGAAACCGGAAGCCCCACUGUGAGCCCUGCUAUUUCCAACUCAAGUCCGCCGGUGUCCCCUCCAUGUGAGUAAGCAGCCAGAUCGCUGGGAAACCUGUUGGAUAAAAGUCCGAAAACACACAGCCAUGCCAUGCCUUUUUUUUCUAUAACAUAAACUGCUGGUAAAACCAUAAACUCUCUGUGAUAUAAAAUGUUGACAAUCUGUGGAGCCACAUUGAAAGUAGACAUUUAAUAGCUGUUUUUAAUAAAGUGUGCUUACUUUCUGUUCUUUUUCCUGCUACUUUGUUUCCAAGAAAAUGUAGGUUUAAUAUAUAAAAUAAAGUAAUAAAUAAAAGUAAUUAUGGGAAUUAUAAUUUGUUGCUGAAUGCUUUUAUUUUAAUAUAAAUGUUGCUAUGUCACAUAUUUGGUAUUUGUCCAAUCGUAUAGUCAAGAUCUUUUAUGUUACCAAUGUAUGGAGGAACAUUUUAACUACUGAAGCACGUUCUGUUAUCUCACCAAGUAAAUCAGUGAUUGAGAUUAUCAAUAUAUAAUCUCACGUGUAAAAGUGGGAAUCUUAAUUGAAACAUUUUUGUAAAUAAAGUGCACUGAACAUAA